UUGUUCGAUGUUAUGGUUUAACACAAAAUCCAUCAAAUGGAAAUUAUAUGCUUGUAAUGAUGAAACUGGAUAUAGAUUUAAGAAAAUAUUUACAACAAAAUCAUAAUAAACUUACAUGGAAAGAUAGAAUGAAAAUUAUUGGUGAUAUAACUCUUGCACUUUAUUAUAUUCAUAAAGAGAAAGCAAUUCAUAGAGAUUUACAUUCUGGAAAUAUAUUAUAUUCGCAAUUUAAUGAUCGAUGGUAUAUUAGUGAUCUUGGAUUUUGUGGACCUGCUGAUAAAUCUUCAACAAGUAUAUAUGGAAAUCUUCCUUAUAUAGCACCUGAAGUUAUUGUUGGAAGAGAAUAUACUUUUGCAUCUGAUAUUUAUAGUAUUGCAAUUCUUAUGUGGGAAAUUUCAUCUGGACAACCACCAUUUAUAAAUUAUGAACAUGAAAAUGAUAUUGUAAUAAAUAUCAUUUAUGGUAUAAGGCCAAAAAUUGUGCCAGGAACUCCAUUAAAAUAUAAAAAGUUAAUGAAAGAAUGUUGGAAUGCUAAUUCAUUAAAAAGACCUGGCGCUAAUACACUUUGUAAUAAAAUACAAAAGACUAUUUUAUAUUAUCAAAAUAUGUCAGAUGAAUUAAUCAAAUCAGAAAUAGAUAAUUUGGAAAUGAAUAAAGUAGAAGAAAAUUAUACAAGUAGCAGAUCAUUUACAAGUAAAAUUCACAACUUUGGAAAUCUAUCUGAACCAAGAAAUGCAACAGAAGAAGAACAAGAAGUUGACGAUUUUAAUAAAUCAAAUGAGCGGAAUAGCAACAAAUCAUCAAAAGUAAUUACUCUUUUUAGAGAUAGUCGUAAAAAAUUAUCUAAAUUAUUUAAAAAGUUGCAAAUAAAUUCAAAUGAUGAUGAAAAAGAAAUAACUCAACAACAUGACGAAGUAUAUAAUAAUCCAAAUCUCCAUUCAAAAGAACAAGAUGAACUGGAAAUUCCUGAUGGUAA